CUGGAGGAGCUGCAGCCAGUGAGAUCACAUCCUCGCGAUGCAGCUGCCAGCGAGUCAGAAAGAGAAUUCUAGUUUAUAGCUGAACUAGCUCAAAUCUGCGACAUACGCAUACCAUUUCAGAACUAUUGUAGCAACAUAUAAACGCGUUGAUUUUAGAUUAUAUACGCAGCCAGGUUCUUCCAGUCAUUCGGGACUAUGGAAUGCGGUUUCACUUAAAUACCUCCUCCCUCCCUCCUGUUCUUGGUGGGCUCGUGCAUUUUGUCUCGGCUCGUUGUUGGAUCUAUCGGUGUGAAACCGAACGCAAUGUGGGCCAGGAACGAUUUUGAGGACGGAUUCGACACUUAUAAGAUAGGUUCGAGCACGUCCUCUCCUGGAUGGGUCCCAGGCUGCGACUCAGCAUGGCAAGCUUCCUCUUCCGCCACUGGCAUUAGCAGCCGCGGGCGACGUCACAGCGCUGCCUCGGACAGUGGCGAUACCGGCAUUGGAACCUCGUGUUCUGACAGCGUAGAAGACCACUCCAGCUCCAGCGGCACGUUGUCCUUCCAGCAUCUGCGCUCGCAAGGUCCCAUCCCCACGGCCCACGUCAUGCCAUCUCCGUCCAUCUCCAAACUCAGCACUCCCUCUGCCCCCACAAGCCCCUGGAGCAGCUGCCAGCUCCCCUCUCCCCUCGACAGCCCCCUGGACAUGAAAGACCCGCGGCCAGUGCGCCGCUGGUCCUCCCUCACCCGUCUCACCGGCCAGGAAAAGACCAGUCCUUCCGGGAGACCGUCGUACCGCACGGACCCUCACGGAUCCCUGGAUCGAGGUGUGCUCUAUGGCUACCGACAGGACCCUCUUUAUUCAGACGGCUUCCUCUCCGAGAGCCUGCACAAACUUUCCACCAACUCUGACUUUACGAAGUAUGACCUGGGCAGCAGUAACACCCUAGGUAAAACAGACUCGCCUUGCUCGUCUCCGCUCAAGCCCAGCACGUUAGACCUCUCCUACAGUGCCUUACCGGAGAGCAAGACCCCCACGAUCGGCCUGGCCGGGCCCGGGCAGAGAGGUCCCACGCUCAGGCACCAGGCCGUGGGGGGGUCGCCCAUCCAGCCGGCCGUGCGGACGCAGAUGUGGCUGAGUGAGCAGAUGGAGUACCGGCCGGGACCAGAGGGAUGUGGCGGCUCGUGGCAACAGGAACAGCAGCAGCGAGAGCGACUACGCCAGGAAGCAGAACUCCCACAGAUGCUGAGUGGAACUUCUCUCCCUGUCAAUACCUUGGUAAAGAUUAAGGAGGGACUCCUGAGGCAGAGGGAACUGGAGAUUGACCGGCAAAAGCAGCAAAUCCUUCAGCUUCAUGCCAGGAUCAGGGAAAACGAGAUAAGGGCGCAACAAGUCCUCCAAAACCAGAGGGGGCGCUAUGAUGACUCGUAUCUGCUCAAGGCCAAGGAUUCUCCAUAUGACAGUCCAGUGUCCGGCCAGAGUCCGAAGUCUCAGCUGCCCGAGCGACUGAGCCCACUGUGCUGUGAGAACAGUGAGCUGGGGCGUAAAUUAGCUGCGGCAGAGCUGGAGGUCAUCCACCUCAGCGAAUUUCUCAAACAAAAUACACAGAAAUACACCGAAGACAUCAAGAAACUAGAGGAGAAGAUGAAAACACGUGACCGUUACAUCAGCAGUCUGAAGAAGAAAUGCCAGCGUGAACAGGAGCAGAAUCAAGAGAAGCAGCAGCGCAUCGAGACGCUGGAGAAGUACCUGGCAGACCUGCCCUCGCUGGACGAGGUCCAGACACAGGCUCAGCAGUUGCAGGAAGUGCAGGGGAAGAAGCAGGCGUUGGAGGACACCGUAGCCCAUCUGGAGAAAACCCUGGAGGAGAACCGAGCCCUGCUGCCGGAGAAAGAUGCCCUCAUCGAGACCCAAUCCAAGCGGGAGAAAGAGCUUGUGGCUGCUGUUCAAAGCCUACAAGAGAAGGUGGAGAAGUGUUUAGAGGAUGGAGUACGGCUGCCCAUGGUGGACCUGAAGCAGCUGGAGAAGGAAAACACUCGGCUACUAGAACAACAGAGCCAGAACAGCCUGUUGAUCGACAAUCAUAAGGAGCAAAUUGACAAGCUCACUCUGGAGAUGUCGGCCCUGGAAAAGAAGUUGCAGAGGGAGAGGGGGAUCACGCAGGAACUCCGCAAACAGCUCUUGGAACGCGAGGAGGAACUUGAAACGCUCUCCACAACUCUUCAGCAGAAUGGAAGGCGGGCAGACGAGGAGAGCCCCGGGCCGUGUCUGAAGGAGGCCGGGCCCCUGUUGAAGGAGAUGUCCCUGUGUCUGUUGGAUCUUAAGGGCCUAUGCAGUGUCCUUACACAGAGAGCUCAAGGCAAAGAGCCCAAUCUGGCCCUGCUGCUCGGCAUCAAAUCGAUGGGCUGCUCGGCGGAGGAGAGCGAGAAGCCGCUGAUGGAGGACGGUUUGCGGGCCAAGCUGGUGGAGGUGUGCCAGCUGAGGAAAGACAUUGACGAGCUACGGACGGUCAUCUCGGACCGGUACGCACAGGACAUGGGUGAGAACUGUGUGACGCAAUGACACCCGACUCCAGAGGCUUCCAUCUCUACAGAGUGCUUGUAAAGGGAGAAUAAAGUCAUCCUGAUAGAAACAAACAAGGUCUUUCUGACUACUAAAGGUUGGACCAAGCUGUGAAUCCAGUUUACAAGGAUGUCUUUACAAGACGAUCAUUAUUUUUUUGUAUUCUU